UACAAACUCACCUCACAGAACUGUCUUCAACCAUCAUCAAUUGAAAAAUGAGGAGAGUUCAAGAUAUGACAGUACAUGUCCUGCUUCUGAUGAUAAUCCAUGGCAUGGGUGGUCCAGCAAUGUGCAAAGAUUCAUUUGGAGAAUACCUACGAAAGAUCCACGAUAACUCGCCUAAGCAGUGGACAAAAGCAGUGAACCCAACGACAAAGAAUCCAUGUAACAUGAAUGAAGCUACAAAGCAACAAAUGAUCGAGGACACUAUAUGUCAGAGGGAACACAUACAUGAGGUUAUAAAAGCUGACUUUUCUUUGCCAUCCAAAGAUUACAUUUUCGAACACUUUACCAUAAGCGUGUUUAUGAUCAAUUUAACCGACACGGCAAAGGGUGUUGUGCCAAUCACUGCUCCAAAGGUAAAUAGUUCUACUCAGACAGCACAAAUAUGGAUUCCAGAGGAGGCUUUUCAAAAGGUCUCAAAGGAUAUUCAAAAAGUUGGUGUAGUCACCUAUGAAUCUGACGAGCAGUUUAAACUUGGAGUGGGAAAUUCGAGUAUUGCCUCAGUCGUCAUACGGAUUGAAAUUCCCGGGCAUGAAAUUGUGAAUUUGACCAAUCCACUCAAAAUACUUUUCUCAGUGAAUAAUUACACAAACUACACUGGAAACUACAACUAUUCCUGUCAGUUCUAUGAUGAAAGAGUAACAGGAAACUACACAUGGAAAACUGAUGGGUGUACCACCAUUCGGACCAAUGUUAAUUUAGUGGAGUGCUUGUGUGACCAUAUGACUGCCUUUGCUGUGCUUCUGAUUGAAGUGAAGGACGUUGACAAAAUCAACUGGGAAAUCUUGUCAUACAUCAGCUACGUAGGCAGCAGUCUGUCUGCAUUCUUUUCUGCUUGUGCCAUCUUGUCCUAUAUUGUCAACAGUAAUGCAAGGACAGAAGUGUCGAGCAGCAUCCAUGUGUCUCUGAGUGGCGCUCUGUUGCUCCUCAACAUCAGCUUCAUGCUCAGCGAGUGGGCAGUCACACUGACAAAUGGGGUGUGUGUGUUUGUUGCUGUGGUGAUACACUACAGUCUGCUGUGCUGCUUCACCUGGAUGGCCAUUGAAGCGUUGCAUCUCUACCUUCUUCUGGCCAGAGUGUUCAACAUUUACAUCAAACGCUACAUUGUCAAGCUGUCCCUGAUCGGAUGGGGAGUCCCUGCUCUUCUAGUUGGAGGUCUGCUAACAGUUCAUGUUAGUCAUCCUUUUUAUGGCAAAAAAGAAGUUAAAUUAUUAGACACCAAUACAACAAAAUUUUGCUGGAUCACAGAGCCUCUUGUCCUCUAUGGAGUGAAUCUUUGCUACUUCAGCCUUGUGUUUCUGUUCAACUCACUAAUCCUAGUCACUGUGUCAAGAGAGAUCCUAAAGCUAAAGCACUUGGACAACAAGCAAAAGAAGAGAGCAGUUUGCAAAGAUGCCAGCACAGUGCUGGGCCUCAUGUGUCUGCUGGGUACAUCAUGGGGUUUGGUCUUCUUCAGCACUGGAUACACCAACUACACAAUACUUUACCUCUUCUGCAUCUUAAACACAAUGCAAGGCUUUUCUAUGUUUUUGUGGAUAUGCCGGACAGCGAGACCAGACAAACAACAAGUAACUUGUACUGAGUCUCUAUCCACAGUGGACACCUCCACCUCUGUCAAAAAUAAAAAAGAUCAUAAACCUCAAACACAAUUUACAAAAUGACAUGUCGCAAGGUUUGAUCCAGUUAAAAUGAACCAUUGUUUUAUUAUAGUAAUAUGGUGUUAAUAUAAUUACCUUGUUUAAUUUUGUGGUUACUAUGACACUAGGGGUCUCUCUUGAGAGCCUUUUGCAUCUCUGAUCUAUGAGAAAAGGCCAAUUUGAAAUUGGCAGACAGAAUUUGCAUGUCCCGCCCCCGGACAUACAGGUAUAAAGGGAGGGAAAUGCAUCUGUUCCAUUCCGAAAUUUCUUUGGAGCCGACUGGUUGAGUAUGCAGCGAGCUGCGAGUCACACGCUGUUCCUCCCAUCUCUGGGUGCGAUUGCUGUUGGAUCUAUGGUGCAUAUCAGAGGCGUUCUCCUUCUCUGCACGGCAGUGCAGCUUUGCCCCUGGGCACUUCGACAGUGCAGUAAAAGAAACAUUUUCAUUAAAAGAGGAUUUUCUCUAAAAGAGCAAUUCACAGCGGCGUUGAACGUCCUUUUCAGGACGCAUCUUUAUAAAGAUGCCCUUCCGCCCCUGUGUAGUUCCUCAUAGAUCAGAGAUUCAAAAGGAUCUCAAGAGAGACCCCUAGUGUCGCUUCUUCGACACAACGUCGAAGUGAGCGACAGACGGGGAACUAUGGUUACUGGAGUAAAAUCAUGGUUAAUUUUUGUAAGGGAUAGUUAGUGUUAGGUUUAGGGGUUGGUGUAGAGUGUCUGUAACACAAUAGAAACGGUGCAGCAAUGCUCCUAUACUGUAUGUUAGUAGGCUAUUUUUAUAUAUAUUUAUAAUUAGGGGUAUGUGGCAGACAAGCUUCUUGUUCAUUGGGAAAAGCAGGAACCGGACUAACAAUCAAAAAGACUUUAAUUCAACGUAAAACACUGAACUGAAACUUCUGAAACUACUGCUGCGUGCUUGCACGAGUGCGUCUCUCUCUCUCUCUCUUUCGCUCUCUCUCACGCUAAUUAGGCAUCUCAGCGCCAGGCGUGAAUCCUCUCUACCCGGCCACACCCUCCUUCUCGUCACAGGGUGCAAGGAGUAUCUAUCACUAUUUGCACUUGGUGCAAAUAGUAGCCUCUGCCUAAAAUAAAAUAUAAUAAAAAAAUAAAUAGUUUAAGAAAAUCUAUUUGUAAAUGAUUUGUAUAUACAGAAUUGUGAAUGCACUGUUGUUCAUUUAAUGGCAUGCCAUUAUAUUUUACAAUAAAUCUAUACGUUUAAAAUGCUUGAGUUUUAUUUGAUGAUUUUGUUUUUUAUCCCCUCUGUAAUACAAUAAAUUCAAUUUAGAAUAUUAAUGUAGUGUAUGUAAAUGAUACCAAGAGAUCUGCAGUGUUCUCUGAGGCAAGGUCAACUUUAUUUAAAACUGAAUGACUUCCUGACGCUUUUCCUCUGCAGAUUGCCGUCAUUGUGGACGUUCCUCAAUUUGGCCACAAUUUUUAGACAAUUCUAUGUAAUGCUACUUACUGUAUAACUAUGAAAACAUAAAUGAUAGGGGUUAUGUGUAAUAUUGUCACUGAUGCACAGAUGACUGACUGAUUAUUCCUUACCACGGAGUGGUGGUGGCGUAGUGGGCAAAAGCGCUGAGCUGGUAAUCAGGAGGUUGCUGGUUUGAUCCCCACAGCCACCACCAUUGUGUCCUUAAGCAAGGCACUUAACUCCAGGUUGCUCCGGGGGGAUUGUCCCUGUAAUAAGUGCACUGUAAGUCACUUUGGAUAAAAGUGUCUGCCAAAUGCAUAAAUAUAAAUGUAAUUAACACGCAGAGUGGGGAUAUUUGUAACAAUAUUAAAA